GCCGCCGGUGGGCCGCAGAUGAAGAGGAGGCGGCGGCAGUGGUGGAAGAAGAGGAGGCGGCGGCGCGGGUAGAGAGCCUGGAAACGCGAGCGGGGAUGGUAGGUGGUUUGGACCUGCCGGGCCGCCGUCGUUUCCAGAAAGGGUUUGACUGGAGGAACCUCUGGAGCAGCUGUUGGCUGGCUCCUCUGGCUGAUGGCAUGUUGAGGCACAUGGGCCAGUGGCAGCGAGGGCAUCUGAUCCAGAGGGGGCCACUCUAGAGGCCAGGCCACCAGCACCAUGGGCCAGUGCGUCACCAAGUGCAAGAAUCCCUCAUCGACCCUGGGCAGCAAGAACGGAGACCGUGACCCCAGUGGCAAGCCACACAGCAGGCGGAGUGCAGGCCACCGAGAGGAACAGCCACCAGCCUGUGGCAAGCCAGGGGGGGAUAUCCUCGUCAAUGGGACCAAGAAGGCAGAGGCCACCGCUGAGGCCUGGCAGCUGCCAAUGUCCUCUGGAGAUGCUGGGAGGGAGCCCAAGUCCGACACCGAGGAGUCUUCCCUGCAGAGGCUGGAAGAACUGUUCAGGCGCUACAAGGAUGAGCGGGAGGAUGCAAUUUUGGAGGAAGGCAUGGAGCGCUUUUGCAAUGACUUGUGUGUUGACCCCACGGAAUUUCGAGUGCUGCUCUUGGCUUGGAAGUUCCAGGCUGCCACCAUGUGCAAAUUCACCAGGAAGGAGUUUUUUGAUGGCUGCAAAGCAAUAAGUGCAGACAGCAUUGAUGGGAUCUGUGCACGGUUCCCUAGCCUCUUAACGGAAGCCAAACAAGAGGAUAAAUUCAAGGAUCUCUACCGGUUUACAUUUCAGUUUGGUCUGGACUCUGAAGAAGGGCAGCGGUCACUGCAUCGGGAAAUAGCCAUUGCCCUGUGGAAACUAGUCUUUACCCAGAACAACCCUCCAGUAUUGGACCAGUGGCUAAACUUCCUAACUGAGAACCCCUCGGGGAUCAAGGGCAUCUCCCGGGACACUUGGAACAUGUUCCUUAACUUCACUCAGGUGAUUGGGCCUGACCUCAGCAACUACAGUGAAGAUGAGGCCUGGCCAAGUCUCUUCGACACCUUUGUGGAGUGGGAAAUGGAGCGAAGGAAAAGAGAAGGGGAAGGGAGAGGUGCACGCAGCUCAGGGCCCGAGGGCUUGUGUCCCGGGGAGCAGACUUAGUGGCUCUAGCCCAGGAGCAGCAGUAGCAGCAAGGGUCUGCCUGCUGCCCUGCAGCCAACCGAGGAAUUGGACCUUUCUGGAAAUUACUGAAGAUCCAGAUAUUUUCUACUUUACACCUUUCUCUGCCUUGUAUCUGAAAGGGCUCUAAAAUGCUGUAUCAUGUUUUAGGCACUUUCUUCACUUUUUGGUUAUUUUGGUUAUUUCUUUUUGGGGGGGUCCCCCAAAAUAUUUGAACCUGGAUACAUGUUGUGUUUUUUUUUUUUUUUUAAGACUUCAGAUAGAAUAAGCCUGCCAUUUCUUGCACAAAUUAGAUUUUUUUGUGGGGGAGGGCAUAGAGCAGGGAGGGGGGAAUGGGACGGUUAGGUUGAAUUAACAUUACAAGAUGAUACAGUGCCAGAUCUCAGUUUUGCAUAUUGUUUUCCAGGGCAGGUCUGUACUGUGUGUAGUGCUGUUUACAAGGAUGAAUUUAGGUUGUAAUAAUUAUUUUAAAAGAUUUAUACAGAAUUGAAUAGCAGUGUUAACUGUUAACCAUAAUGCAUUAAUUCCCAGAUGAUUUAAAGCUCUUGGAGAGCCAAGGCCAGCCAAGAGCAUUUGUUGUCUGGUGACAACCCCCUUUUAAGCUAAUUUAUCCGAAACCCUUAUUUUCUUCACUUCUUGCUCAUUCCUUCUUUGACCUAUUGCAUUUCAUGUUGAGUUCAUCCAUCAACAUGCUGCACCUGUCAGUCAAGUGAGCAGUUUUUUUGUUUUUUUAGAACACAUAGUACUGAGAACCACUUAAGCAUUGAAUGCAGAGAAAGCAGUGCUACCUCAGUUUUGCUGGAAGUAGACUUUGAUAGUUUUCUGUUUUUGAUGAAUUUUCUGUAUUUUCAUGUUGUAAGUGAAAAUACUUUUUUUUUUUUCAUUUGCCUUGGAGCCAAAGUUUCUGUUCCUGGUGGUCGGAAAACUGUGCCUGCCGGCCAACUGACUUGAAGGAAAACUGUGGUAUGGAGCUCUGCUUGAAUUUUUUUUUUUCUUUAAAGUUUUUUUUUGAGUAUCAUCAGCUUACUUGUCUGGCAAGGGCAGAAGCCUGGGACUGGCCUGAACUCUGCCAAACAAAUAUAGAAGUGUAUUUAAUAGUUAAAUGUGUGCCCUUUCCCUUCUUGCUGCACCCAUGUUGUCACUUAACCCCCAGGAGUUAUUUAUUAUCUUCUUUGUUAAUGUUAGGCUCAUUUGGGGUAAUGUGAUGACUGUUUAGGUUUACAUGACCCUCCUCUCCUUCCCCUACCCCCAAAUAUGUAUAUAUACAUAUAUAAGAUAUGUAUAUAUUUUACCUAUAUAAAAUAUAUAUAUACACAUAUAUGUAUCUAUAUUCCUUUGUUUCUUUGCCUGCUAAAACUGGCCAUAAAAGAGGGAGCUGCCUUCAAUAUAUAAAGCAUAAGAAGAGUGCCAGGGAACGUCAUAAAUGGAGGCUUUUGCAUCUGAAUUUGGACCAUCUUCACUAAAGAGAGGAUGAAUUUUCUCAGCCCUUUCCUCACAAGAGGGAGGCCCAGUUCCCCAGACUCCUCUGCGUGCUUGCUCCAUAAGGCCAGCUUUGGCCAAACUGCCACACAGGAGCUGACUCUGGUCCUACCUGGUUUCAGUAGAGGGUCCUCUUGUUAUUUUUCCAUCUAAAAAAACAUGUGCUCAAAACACUGUACUGGAAGGGUGGGUGGCAGGAACUUGUACAGUUCAGCUCCCAACACUUUGGAACAGAUUGAAAAGGGAAUCUUUUAAAUAAAAACUUAUAAAAUA